GUCACGACUGCACGCGUCCUCGGAACUCUAUCGCGGCGACGACGUUCCUCCUCGCCUCUCCGGUAGCGGAGCGGACUCGGAGCAUAGCACGAAGGCACCCCCGUCGAAGAUCGCGCGAAAGCAGCGUGCUCGGAAGCCCAAAUCGCUCGCAAGCUGCACGUUCACCGCUGCAGCCCUCUCGCACGCCCCCACCACACAGAUCAACGCGCAUACAGGCGGCCGCGUUCCGCUCACCUUCGUGGAUGCCGACGAAGACUCCUCUCCGCACCCCAUAAGCAAGAAAGGGAGACUUGUAGACCCCCGGAAAGCCACUUCCUUCCUCCAUAUGCCGUCGCCUUCAGUGGGUGACGUACGUCUCGGGCCGCUUGCUGCAGUUCGGCCCACUAGGAAACCAAUAACGAGGUGGAUGUUACGCGGCGCGAAUGUAAAGGACGCCACCUGGGGCCAGAACCCGUCAUACGACCGCGCGUCCGCGUCCUCUCGAACUAUCACCGAUCGCAAUCAGGUCCGGUGUAAUGUGUUACCAUUUGCACUCGUCCCUUUAGAGGAACAUGAGGCUUCUUUGCAGACAAAGAAGCAGCAACAGAACACCCCGGUGGUAGAGUGUCGUAAGGCGCCGCAACAGGAAGAAGGCCAAUCUGGGAAUGUACCGCUGCCUGCGGUAAUGGCGAUCCCCAUACCUCCCAGACGGGUGCAUAGACGGCCAGACCGUCGCGGAGUGUCCGCUGGUAGAUCAACUCGCGAACGAGGAUCCAACGCGCUGCCCGGUCCUAGUGUUCAAACAACGCCUUCGUCUGCCGGAAAAUCUACCUCGGAGGACCCUCAUCCACUCCCGCAUGCAUCAGGCGAAUCCACUGCAGGAGCGAUCGCAAUGUCGGUCGAAUUGUCUACUAGCGCUGCUGCAUCUCCGUCCCUUGACUUCCCAAAGAAGACCAAUGUUUGCAACUCUCUGGCUGAUCGCCCCGAUCGUGCUGCUAGUCCCGCAGGGCUGUCUUCUUCUCCUGUCGACUGCGACAAUAGUUCUUCUCUGGCAAUCGCGUUUGCUGCGCGCGUUACCCCCGCUUCAUUUCUAAAUGCUGGACUCGGUAACACAGGAACUGUCAUAGACCCAUCUGAGGCUGGCGUUUCUGCGGAGAAAAGCGUUCGUCUGCGGCCUCUAGCAUCAUACCUGGACUCCCUGCGCGAGACUGCACGCGCAGCUACGAAGCUGCAAUCAAGUACUCGAGAACAUAACUCCCGCUUGAAGGUCGGUCGCAGCGCCAGGGCGAUGGGCCGACCGCCCCGGGAUGGCGCAUCCCCCGCUAUGACUCGACCUCCCAAGACAACCGAUCUGCGCUCUCAGACGACAUUUAACCGUGAUGUGCGUGUCAUCUGUUGAACUUAUGCUUGCACAGAUUCAUCUGCUGUACCUAGACUCGGGCUCGCGGUUUCUCUGCGCCAUAUCCCCGAAACGAUCGUCCUGUCUCCCGGCGCGCCAUUCGUCCCUGGCAUCCACAAGGUCAAGAAGGCAUGUCAAGCCCCAAUCCCUUUGCGUACAAUGCUACUGAAGGGACCGGUUCUGCCGGUGGCGCACCGGUCAUGGAGAUGGACCGGCCAGUCUUACCGAUGCUUCUCGACGCUGAGGAUGAUGUGGACGAGCUGGCGUACGAAGAAGAAUGCGGUCCUGUGCUCAGCUAUAGCGUGGAUUUGUUUUCAGGCUACCUAGCUGACGCGCGAGAUGCAGUUUGAAACAGUACUAGUGGGACGGCAGUGACAUUGUAUUGUACAGCGAGUUGAACGUGCUACUUACUACCCGAUGCAAACCCGAUGUGAUUAA